AUGUCCUCAUCUACCGACCACCAGCCCGUCGACAGCCCAUUGGGUCUGCGACAGAUUCCAUACCAUUUCAGCAACGACAAUGCAGACAAAUCAGCGCUGGAGCUGGUUGAGGCACUUGAUGCAGAAUGGAAGGAAGCAGAAGGACCCGUCGUCUUUGUGAGGUUCACCGACGGCAUCACGAACACGUUGACUAAGGCCACAAAGAAGCGACCCGGACGAACCGAGUCCGAGAUCGACGAGGAGGCAGUGUUGAUACGAGCAUAUGGGAAAGGCACAGAUGUGCUGAUCGACCGAGAACGAGAGCUCAGAGCACACAAUCUGCUAGCCAACGUUGGCUUGGCUCCACCGCUGCUGGCGAGAUUCGAUAACGGUAUCAUGUACCGAUUCAUCCAAGGAGAUGUCUGUUCACCAGAAGAUCUGCGGAAGCCUGAGGUAUACAGAGCUGUCGCGAAGAGACUUGGGCAAUGGCAUGGCAGUCUGCCCAUAUCGGCUAUAACCUCCACGCCAAGCCUGGAGGCCGCACAGUUGGAUAAGCAUUGCGGUUUGAAGAACGUGAUGCAACAAUGGAUCGAUGCACUACCGCACGGCACAGAGCAAGAAAGGGAGCGCAACAAGAUGCUCGACAAGGAGCUUGUAUGGCUAUCAGAAAAGCUUGGCGACACCCCUGGCAUUAUUGAUGGACUGAACUACAUCUUUGGCCAUUGCGACCUCCUUUCGGGCAAUGUGAUUGUACAACGAGAACCUGGCUCAGAAAGCAGCAAUGGCGACACAAAGAAGAAGGAGAAAACAGCAUCCUUCAUCGACUACGAGUAUGCGACACCCUCACCCGCAGCCUUCGACAUAGCCAACCACUUCGCCGAGUGGGCUGGGUUCGACUGCGACCACACCGCCGUGCCAACCAGAUCACAACGGCUGGAAUUCAUGAAAUCCUACGUUGGAUCUUUCCGCUUUCACUCGAUAUCAGAUAAUGACAAUCUGGCGAUAGAUAUAGAUCUGCAUAAUGAUGUUGUGACUUUAAUGCAGCAGGUGGAUCUGUUCAGAGGCGUUCCAGGCUUCUAUUGGGGCAUCUGGGCGUUGAUACAGGCGACUAUCAGUCAGAUCGACUUCGACUAUGCUACUUAUGCUGAUCUGAGGCUUGGAGAGUACUGGAGUUGGAAAGGAGAAAUGGAUGGAUCGAGGACGAGAGAAGGGCGAGAAAUGAGUGUCAGGGAAAGGCGAUGGGCAGAAGAAUGA